AUGGCCCGGCAGCCGGAGGAAGAGGAGACGGCGGGGGCGGCCGCCCUGACCCGCCGCUGUCCGGGCUCGCCUGGCUGGGCCGGGGCCGGGGCCGGGGCCGGGGCGCGGCGGCCGCCCCUCUGGCUGCUCUGCCUGGUCGCAUGCUGGCUCCUGGGCGCCAUGGCCGACGCCGACUUCUCCAUCCUGGACGAGGCGCAAGUGCUGGCGAGCCAGAUGCGGAGGCUGGCAGCCGAGGAGCUGGGGGUCGUCACCAUGCAGCGGAUAUUCAACUCCUUUGUUUACACUGAGAAAAUCUCAAAUGGAGAAAGUGAAGUGCAGCAGCUAGCCAAAAAAAUCCGAGAGAAGUUCAACCGCUACUUGGAUGUGGUCAAUCGGAACAAGCAAGUUGUAGAAGCAUCCUAUACGGCUCACCUCACCUCCCCGCUAACUGCGAUCCAAGACUGCUGUACUAUUCCACCUUCCAUGAUGGAAUUCGAUGGGAACUUUAAUACCAAUGUAUCCAGAACAAUUAGUUGUGAUCGACUUUCUACUACUGUUAAUAGCAGGGCCUUUAAUCCAGGACGAGACUUAAAUUCAGUUCUUGCAGACAACCUGAAAUCCAACCCUGGAAUUAAGUGGCAGUAUUUCAGUUCAGAAGAAGGAAUUUUCACUGUUUUCCCAGCACACAAGUUCCGGUGUAAGGGCAGCUAUGAACAUCGUAGUAGACCCAUCUACGUCUCUACGGUCCGACCACAGUCAAAGCACAUAGUAGUGAUCCUGGACCACGGGGCUUCAGUCACCGACACCCAGCUUCAGAUUGCCAAGGACGCUGCUCAGGUCAUCCUCAGCGCCAUCGACGAGCACGAUAAGAUUUCUGUGUUAACUGUGGCAGAUACCGUCAGAACUUGCUCGCUGGACCAGUGCUAUAAAACCUUCCUGUCUCCAGCCACCAGCGAGACAAAAAGGAAAAUGUCCACCUUCGUUAGUAGCGUCAAGUCCUCCGACAGUCCCACCCAGCACGCGGUGGGAUUUCAAAAGGCAUUUCAGCUGAUUCGAAGCACAAACAAUAACACAAAGUUCCAAGCGAAUACAGACAUGGUCAUCAUUUACCUGUCAGCUGGCAUUACAUCAAAGGACUCUUCAGAAGAAGAUAAAAAGGCAACUCUCCGAGUCAUCAAUGAAGAAAAUAGCUUUCUAAACAACUCCGUAAUGAUUCUCACCUAUGCCCUCAUGAACGAUGGGGUGACUGGUUUGAAGGAGCUGGCUUUUCUGAGGGAUCUGGCCGAACAGAACUCUGGGAAGUACGGUGUGCCGGACCGGACAGCCUUGCCUGUGAUUAAGGGCAGCAUGAUGGUACUGAACCAGUUGAGUAACUUGGAGACCACAGUCGGCAGGUUCUACACAAACCUUCCCAACCGGAUGAUUGACGAAGCUGUCUUUAGCCUCCCCUUCUCUGAUGAGAUGGGAGAUGGUUUGAUAAUGACUGUGAGUAAACCCUGUUAUUUUGGAAACCUGCUUCUGGGAAUUGUAGGGGUGGAUGUGAAUCUGGCCUACAUUCUUGAAGAUGUCACAUAUUACCAAGACUCUUUGGCUUCCUACACUUUUCUCAUAGAUGACAAAGGAUAUACACUUAUGCAUCCAUCUCUUACCAGACCAUAUUUAUUAUCAGAACCUCCCCUUCAUACUGACAUCAUACAUUACGAAAAUAUUCCAAAAUUUGAGUUGGUUCGGCAAAAUAUCCUAAGCCUCCCUCUGGGCAGCCAGAUUAUCGCAGUCCCUGUGAACUCAUCCCUGUCUUGGCACAUAAACAAGCUGAGAGAAACUGGAAAGGAGGCCUACAACGUUAGCUAUGCCUGGAAGAUGGUGAGUGUGAGGAAGUCGCUUCUGCUUGAAGAGCUACAGGAGAGCCCGACCGUCAUGCUGUCUGCUGGCAGCUUUUCCUCCCCCUACGAACACCUCAGCCAGCCAGAGACAAAGCGCAUGGUGGAGCACUACACAGCCUAUCUCAGCGACAACACCCGCCUCAUUGCCAACCCAGGCCUCAAAUUCUCUGUCAGAAAUGAAGUAAUGGCUACCAGCCACGUCACAGAUGAAUGGAUGACACAAAUGGAAAUGAGUAGCCUGAACACUUACAUUGUCCGCCGUUACAUAGCAACACCCAAUGGUGUCCUCAGAAUUUAUCCUGGUUCCCUCAUGGACAAAGCAUUUGAUCCCACUAGGAGACAAUGGUAUCUCCAUGCAGUAGCUAACCCAGGGUUGAUUUCUUUGACCGGUCCUUACUUAGAUGUUGGGGGAGCUGGCUAUGUCGUGACAAUCAGCCAUACAAUUCAUUCAUCCAGUACACAGCUGUCUUCUGGGCACACUGUGGCUGUGAUGGGCAUUGACUUCACACUUAGAUACUUCUACAAGGUUCUGAUGGACUUGUUACCAGUGUGUAACCAAGACGGUGGCAACAAAAUAAGGUGCUUCAUAAUGGAGGACAGGGGUUAUCUGGUGGCACAUCCAACUCUCAUUGACCCCAAAGGACAUGCACCUGUGGAACAGCAGCACAUCACCCACAAGGAGCCCCUGGUAGCAAACGACAUCCUCAACCAUCCCAACUUCGUAAAGAAAAACCUGUGCAACAGCUUCAGUGACAGAACAGUCCAGAGGUUUUAUAAAUUCAACACUAGCCUUGUGGGGGACUUGACGAACCUUGUACAUGGCAGCCACUGUUCCAAAUACAGACUGGCAAGGAUCCCAGGAACCAAUGCAUUUGUUGGCAUUGUCAAUGAAACAUGCGACUCUCUUGCCUUCUGUGCUUGCAGCAUGGUGGACCGACUGUGUCUCAACUGUCACAGAAUGGAACAAAACGAAUGUGAAUGUCCUUGUGAGUGCCCUCUAGAGGUCAAUGAGUGUACUGGCAACCUCACCAAUGCAGAGAACCGAAACCCAAGCUGCGAGGUCCACCAGGAGCCGGUGACAUACACAGCUAUGGACCCAGGCCUGCAGGACGCUCUUCACCAAUGUGUCAACAGCAGGUGCAGUCAGCGGAUGGAAAGUGGGGACUGUUUUGGGGUGCUGGAUUGUGAGUGGUGCAUGGUGGACAGUGAUGGAAAGACUCAUCUGGACAAAUCCUACUGUGCACCCCAGAAGGAAUGCUUCGGGGGGAUUGUGGGAGCCAAAAGUCCCUAUGUUGAUGACAUGGGAGCAAUAGGCGAUGAGGUGAUCACGUUAAACAUGAUUAAGAGCGCCCCCGUGGGCCCCGUGGCCGGAGGGAUCAUGGGGUGCAUCAUGGUCCUGGUCCUCGCCGUGUACGCCUACCGCCACCAGAUCCAUCGCCGGAGUCAUCAGCACAUGUCUCCUCUCGCUGCCCAAGAAAUGUCAGUGCGUAUGUCCAACCUGGAGAAUGACAGAGAUGAAAGGGACGACGACAGCCACGAAGACAGAGGCAUCAUCAGCAACACUCGGUUUAUAGCUGCAGUCAUCGAACGACACGCACACAGUCCAGAAAGGAGGCGGCGCUACUGGGGCCGAUCGGGAACAGAAAGUGAUCACGGUUACAGCACCAUGAGCCCACAGGAAGACAGUGAAAAUCCUCCAUGCAACAAUGAUCCCUUGUCAGCUGGGGUUGAUGUGGGGAACCACGACGAGGACUUAGACCUGGACACCCCCCCUCAGACUGCUGCCCUACUAAGUCACAAGUUCCACCACUACCGGUCACACCACCCCGCUCUUCAUCACAGCCACCACUUACAGGCAGCCGUGACGGUACACACUGUCGAUGCGGAGUGCUAACAGUCUCCUCUCCUCCACGAGAAGAUGGGAUGUGGGAGAUACAGAAUGUUCUGGAAAGAAAAAGAACCAGCUUAAAACCCACAGCAAGAGACCCCCCACCCCUUGUGUUUGUGCUUUGUCCAGAGUGGUUUAACUCAUUUCCUGCCUGUCAACAUGUUUAAAAAUGAGGGAAACAACAACAAAACUCACAUUUGUGAAGGCAUGAAGCUGGUUCUGAAAUGGAGGGGAAAUAAGCCUGAUUGAUGAACCUGCCAUAAUAUUAAUGGAACGGAACGGAAGGCGAACCUCCAAACAUAGAGACGAAACCUAUAAAUGAAGCUGAGCCAGAGGAAUGUUCCAAGGAGCCAGAAACAUUCAGCUCUCCUUAACUGGAAGAGAGAACAAUGUUCUCAACCAGAGACUGGGAACGUGGCGCAUCCAGAUAUAAACGUGUGCUUUGAAGCUUUCACUUUGUUUCUUAGCGGUACCUAGAUACCACGAUUGCUGUAUGGAACUCAUGUUAAGCUCUAAAUGAUGCAUCUCAAAAUUUCUAAGUAAAGGAUUAUUUUUCUACUAUUUAUUGAACUUUCAAACAUUCUCAAACUUUGGGGAAAAGAAAAGGAAACACAUGAGAAGUUUUCAGCAAUUAUCCCUAGCUGUUUUGUGUGUGAUGAAGUGGUUCCUUGAUUAGGAGUUCUAUUUCUUAUUUAACUGGUAUCAUCCCACUGCCCCACUCCACAAAAUGGGAAAAUGAAGAAAUCUUUCUCUCUCACUUGUUUACAUCAUUUCAUGGAAACACAUCUUUAUUUGUAAUGCAGUAUUCUUUCUCUGUGUUUGACAGAGGUAGGGAAGGGCAGAGGAAUCUGAGGCAUUUUAAAAGAAAUGUUAUGUUUCUCUAUAACUCAUUUCCACUCCCAUACAAUGCUAUUCUUAGGUUUCUACGAAACCUAAUAUUACAACUCCAGCCUUUCAGCUAAAGGAGGGUUGGAUUUAUUCUCCUUGUUUUAGAGACUUUUAAAUGUCCCAUUUUGAUUCUGAGAACAUUGAACAUAUAAGGGAAGUUUUUUUUUAAUUGCGAAAGUUUGGUUCCUAAUUAAAGAUUUCUUUUGAAAUCAUAGUUAAAAGCUGCUGCCGGUUAUCCAAGGAGUUAUUCACCAAAACUGCUUUGUGAUUUAUAUGGAGAUUAAUCAAAUCUGGCUACUGUAACAUGGGGCAUCGUAAUUUUAAAGUAGUGUUCUAAUUACAGUGAUGUAUUUUAGAUUCACAUUUUGUGAUUCAAAUAUGUUAUAAAGACAUUCUUGCACCGUGUGUGUUAAAUCUCCAUUUAUAUGUAGUUGGAAAAAAUUCACUGAAUAAUGUUUUAAUGAUAGGGUAUUAUGAUACAAUGUAAAAAAAAAUUGGUUCUUCAGCAGUACAGAAAGUAAACUAUAUACGUGCUAUCAGGAAACCCCUUCAUACUGUGUAUAAAAUUGCAGUCUAGUGAAAUAAACUGUAUGCAA